GUCGCCAUUGAGGAGCAGAGUCCCGAGAUUGCACAGGGUGUGCACGUGGGACGUCGUGAUGAGGACGUCGGUGCUGGAGAUCAGGGCAUGAUGUUCGGUUAUGCCACGGACGAGACCGAAGAGCUCAUGCCCCUCACCGUCGUCCUCUCGCACAAACUCAACGAGAAGAUGGCCGAGCUGCGACGAAGUGGCGAGCUCGCUUGGCUGCGGCCCGACUCCAAGACCCAGGUCACCGUGGAGUACAAGAACAAGAACGGCAGCCUGACUCCGUGCCGCGUACACACCGUCGUCAUCAGCACCCAGCACAGCCCUGACGUAACCCUCGAAGAUAUGAAGACCGCACUGCUGGAGAAGGUCGUCAAGACCGUCGUUCCCGCUGAUAUGAUCGACGACAAAACCGUUUACCACUUGCAGCCGUCCGGUGUAUUCAUCAUCGGUGGACCUCAGGGUGAUGCUGGUCUGACCGGCCGUAAGAUCAUCGUAGACACGUACGGCGGCUGGGGUGCCCACGGCGGCGGCGCCUUCUCCGGCAAGGACCCGACCAAGGUGGACCGCUCUGCCGCGUACGCCGCCCGCUGGGUGGCCAAGUCUCUGGUCGCCGCCAAGCUGGCCAAGCGCUGCCUGGUGCAGGUGAGCUAUGCCAUCGGCGUCAGCUACCCGCUCUCCGUGCACGUUGACACCUACGGCACCGGUGCGCGCAGCGACGCCGACAUCCUCGCCAUCGUCAACAAGAACUUCGACCUGCGCCCGGGCAUGAUGAUCCGGGAGCUGGACCUGCGCCGACCGAUCUACCGCGACACGGCCAGCUACGGCCACUUUGGACGCACCAACCCCAACUUCCUCUGGGAGGUGCCGAAGCCUCUUGCUGUCUAAUUAUUACGUCUGCGUCUACUCCUACAAAACACAAUUUAUAGUUCUGUCAAAUUGUUCUAGACUACUUUAAUUUACUAUACUACAGUUCUCGACCUUUAGUUUCUUUUGCUGGGAGAACCUUCUGUUCUCUAUCCAGCUGCUACCUGGAUAUUUGUGGACUUUGCUAGACCAAGUAUUGAUUCAUAAUCUUUGAACUUUGCUAUACUAAUACACCGAGUAUGCUGGCACCAAGAGUACUCUUUAUGUACUCUUGCUGGCACUUAUAACGAAAGUUCUACACAUAAUAAUCCAGAGUGUGCACUGCACUGCAGCUCCCUGCAUGCAGGAGAAUGAAUCCACGGUGACGUUUGUUUCGCCCUAUAUAGGCUAUGAUUAUAAUACGGUAGCUUCAAUAAUAUAAUUAAUGGUUCACAUGGGUGUUGUGCAUGCAUGCAUUGCUGCAUGUUUACUGUUUAUCCACAUUUUUACAUUAAUUUGUUCAAAAAUGUGAAGUACAGUGGAGAUCGGAUAUAACGACAGGUUGAGUUUAGCGACACAAUUCUGUUGCCCAAGUCG